ACGUCAUGCGUAUUAAUUUAGCUAUAGGCUAUAUACAUCCCCGUCCCCUGUCCGAUGUCCCUUCCAUACUUAAAACUCAGCUCAAAUUAAUGCUGAAUGUGCUUGAAAAUGGCGAUAUCUCUGGCAGCGUUGAAAAUAACUUUCAUGGCAUUAGGGACUCUGAUGGUAGCUACUCUUAUCUAUACUCUCUCUAUUGAUGGACUUCCUUUCCGGAAUGACCUCCUCACCCCAUGGAUGAAAACAACUUUGCUGGACUUCUACAUCAACGUCACAGUUUUGGCGAUAUGGGUCAUCUACAAGGAAUCAAGUUGGAUCGCAGCAAUACUUUGGGUGAUUCUUCUAGUUUGUCUUGGGAGUAUUACAACUUGCACAUACAUUGUCGUUCAACUAUUCAAGUUUUCAGCUGAAGAAUCAACACAUGAUCCUAUGCAUCAUCUUCUAUUGCAUCACCAGGAUAAUAGGAAGGAUGUGAGCUGGAGCUUCUGUCAACUCGUCACAGCAAAAAUUUUCUUCAUUGCUCUGGGUUGUCUUAUGCUUGGAACCUUGCUUUACACUAUCAUAGUUUAUGGUUCACCAUUCAAUAAGGAGGUUUUAACGCCGUGGAUGGUAGCUACACUAAUUGAUUUCUACAUCAAUGUUUCAGCUCUAUCGGUUUGGGUCAGCUACAAGGAAUCUAGUUGGUUUACCGCAGUCAUCUGGAAAGUUUUGCUAAUAUGUUUUGGAAGCAUUGCGACUUGUGCAUACGUUGCGCGCCAGCUUUUUUCACUCUCUCCUCAUGAUCCCAUGUACCUCGUACUUUUGAACAAGCGUCAAAGGGGGCCUAGGCGGUCGGCUACCCCGUAUAUGCCAAGAAUCAGCCAUGAAGGUAACUCUGUUCAUCCUUUUGACUUCAAUUAGCAAGCAACGCCUAAUUUUGCGUUUGUGGCAGGGCAGAAAGCAGGUAUGAGACCACAUCAGGGUGAACCAAGCUAAAUAUUUUCUAUACAGUUCCAUAUUCAUAGUAUCUCAAGUGAUUGAGGAUGUGUUCAAGUGACAUUUAUGUGUGGGGUGAUGGAUCGUGCUAGUGGCACAAAAUGCCAAUAGUUUGCUUCUUGAUUCAGUUUGUGUAAUUGACAGUUAUGUACAUAAUUACAUAUUCCAAAAAUUUGUAUCCAAACUAUUGUUAUAUUAUUAAGUCUCAAGAUAUGUACAUGAAAAGUAAGUUUUUUUAA